AUGUCGUAUUAUAUGUCUAGCGAUUUUGAUCCUCAUGCUGCCUGUGAAUCACGCGAGACAUUCUUGUACUCGAACACAUUGUUGCGUGGUAGACAAUGUAGCUACGAUGGAGAUAACAAUGUGGAGGAAUGUUACGUCGAUAUUGGAGCCUGUGAGAAUGCUCGAGGAAGCGGGCCCGGCGAAUGCAGCAUUAAGGACUGCAACCAACCAACCAACCAGCCAACCAGGCAAGCCAGCCGGUUUCGAAUAAGAGUUGGAGAGGAAGCGUUACGAAGCAGGAGAGUUAGAGAGCUUCGUCAAAGAUCGAAUUAUUUGUCGGUGAAAUGGAACUCGAGUCUCCGCAGCUUUAUUAAAACUUUCACCAUCGGGUUUGAGAGACCAGUUGAUAAGAGCCGGAAACAGUAUCGACGAGCAAUCGUUUCGAAAUCAUGUGGCCGAUUACGUUACAUUUGAAAAUCGGGGGUUAGGUGUCUUUCGCGUUUGAUCGUGGAGAACGUUCUUCAGAAAAU